CUUCUUUGUCAUAUUUUUGUUAAUUUUUAUUUUAUUUUUAUUUCUAACCCACAAAAUAUAAUUUAUAUUUGUAUUUUCAUCUAAACACUUUCUUAUUUCACUGUACACCGUAGUCAAGUGUUUAUUUUCUAUUUCAUUCACCCAUACCAAUAAACAAACAAUACUAUUUAUACCCACUUGUAAUGUUAUUGUUUUAAUUGUAUUCUAAUUUUUCUUGAAUUGGUAAUUUCAUAAAAUGGGAAAGAAGAACGAAUUUAAAAAGUCUGAACUGAUCCAGAUGUUAAACUCCUCAUCAACACUAAGAGAAAAAAACAAAGCGGUAAAAUUGCUGAAAAAAUUUGACCCUAAUCCCAGAAAACACUUGGAUUCAUCAUUUCAACCAAAUCAAGCAACUGUUACCAAAUACUCAUCACUCCAAUCGUUCAUGUGCUGGAGGUGUGAUAAGAUAAAGCAGACAAUGACAAAGGUCAAAUGGGAAACUAAAGAAGGAUUGAAGAUAAUCUGUACGACGUGCUACACAAACUUGGCGACGUAUUUGGAAGUGGCCAGAGUUCGCAAUUUAAACAUCAAUUUCAGGUCAUAAAAAUUCCAAUUUGCCGAUUUUUACCAAAUUACUUUUUUUAAAUUUUUUGUCAUUCAUUUACCUUCCAACUAUUACACUGGGGUUAAAAAUUCUUCAUAACAUCAUUUUUUAAAAACAGUAUAUAU